AUGAAGCCCAGCAUCGUCAUAGCUAAGCAACGACGCCUGUCCAGAGACACCCCAUCGCCUAGGAAGCAAACUUCACAGCGGUCGUCCUACUCUGAGCUCACAGAAGACCUGGGCGACGAAUCGGACACUGGUAGCACCCCCCUGUGUCCUGGGUCAUUCUCCAGGUUCACUGGGAGCCCCACACCGCUUCUCAGUCCAUCCAUGACCACCUCUGAGGGACGGUGGAGCCCCUCCAGCUUGAGUGACGCGGACAGCACCACGGCUAGCAGCGAGCCCGAGUUGCCGGCACCAGAGGCUGUCGACGGGCCCGGCCUGCCGGCCAUCUUGCCGCGGGUGGGUCGCAAGAGGAACAACCAGGGGCUGGAGCGGAGCAUGAGCGCCAUCGAGGCCAGGUUGCAGGAAAUCAGGGCGCCAGUGGGCAAGUGUGGCCCCAUCCACGGGAGGGACUGCUCGCCUGGGAGGCCGGGCGGAUACAUGCCAGGGCGUGGCCCCGCAGGGGGCGGAGCGGCGGCCAGCCUGACUGUGAGGACUGGCCGAGAGGAGGACAGGCAGAAAGUGACCCCACGAGCAAAGCCUGGGGAGGGCUUUCAUGGCCUGUUGGACACCGCUGGGACGCUGUCGCCAGUACCGAGCGACCUGUUUCUGGCGCGGUCAGAGAGCACGGUGCAGGAUGAGGACGGCCUGACGCUGUUCGUGAACCCCAUGGUGUUCUGCGAGACGGUGGAGGACGACGUGCGGGAGGCAGCAGCCAAGGGGGAGGAAGGGGCCAAGGCGGAGGAGGCAGUGGGACUCAUCGCUGGCGGAAAGGCAGACUCGCCCAGCAACAGGAUGAACAAGAAGCUCAGGAAGGUCCAAGCGAAGAUGGGUCAGGUUUUCCCCGUUGAUGCCAGCGAGCACAGCAAGGAGAGAACGUCGUCUCCUGCCAUUAUGGUCGAUUCUGAGGAAGAAUCCGGCGUCGCCCAGGGGGCCAGCAGCAGCAGCAGUGUGGAGUGGAGGGCCAACAGCAUCAGCAUUGAGGAGAGGGUUGCGGCUCUGAAAUCUGGACAUUCUGAUGCACCUGUGCCUGUUGCACCAGUGGCGCAGAAUGUGCGUUUGGCUGAGGGGUGGACGCCCAGUUGGGCUAGCAAUGGCAUAGGACACUUCAGAGAAGACAGCACAUGGGGCAGCAAGACUGAACAGACCUGCUGUAAUCCUUUCAGGCAAGCGGCAUGGAAGAGCAACAUCGCAUUUCAGUUCCGGGGCAACGUGGACAGCCCGACAACACAAGCAACGAAGGCUGCGCGGCGCAGAACAUUCCUCAAGUCUUGCAGCCGGAUCGCUGCCAGGCAGGGCCAGGAUGGCAGCUGGUCCCCCACCGCGCUUUGGGUGGAUGAGCAGUCUCUGGAUGCCGCUGUGGACAGAGCGUUCCAGAACGUGGAACCCAUCACACUGGUUCGCAAGGGCAGCAGCCAGGCUGAGUCACUGAGGUCCUUGACGCGGACGAGGAGCACCGGGAGCUGGCGCACGGCGCCAUCCGUCACCACCCUGAGGUCCCGAGCACUGUGGAGCGAUGAAGCGCCCUCUGUAGUUUCGCAGCUGCAGUCACAGUGCAGCAGCAGUGGCAGGGGAUGGCAGAGGAAGACGCAGCCCUUGACGAAGAUCGAUGAAGAUGCUGAGCUGUCCAGGAGGGACAGGCUCUGGGGAGGCCUGUCCAUUGGCGUCCUGUCGCUGCUCUCCCUGUUCCUCUGA